AUGAUUUAUUCGCCGAAGGCGCUUUUAUCACAUGUUCUGAAAAAGAAAUGGCUCAUUAUCGCAAUUCUGAUCGCAAUUUAUUUAUAUUCCUAUCGUUCAACGAUAUUUGAUCAGACGAACAACAGCCAAUCCGUCCCGUUAAUUUUACUAUUUACACGUAAUUAUUCGAUGAAAACUCGUGCAAAUAUCUGUCAAGGUACUCGCAACGGCGGAUAUGUCGUUAAUUUUCAUUCCUGUCCAGUGAAAUGUGAAUUUUCGUGUCGAAUAGACGAUUUUAAGCAACGUUCACCACAUGCUGUUCUCUUCUUUGGCGAGGACUUUGCUUGGCCAUUUCAGAUAACUAAUCGAAAUCGAACAUCGUUCGAUCAACGAUGGAUCUUUUGGUCAUGGGAAGCACCGAUUCACCAUCCCGAGUAUACUCGAUCGGGUUUAAUAUUCAACUGGACAAUGACCUACCGGCAGGACUCGGAUAUCGUUCAUUCCUAUGGUUGGUACAUCGCACGUAAUAUGUCCUAUACUAUUCACGACAUGCAAGCAAUCGACUUUUAUCUAUCUCCGAACGACAAUCAGUCUAUCUAUAAUAUUGAAAACGAAUUUCAACAAAGGAAAAAUAAGACUCUAUGGUUUGUAUCAAACUGUCAUGCCCGAUCGCAACGAUAUAACAUCGCGCAGAACUUAUCGAAAUACUUUCCAACUGAUCAAUAUGGUCAAUGUUUGAAAAAGAACGAAUACUUAUCAAAGGACGAGUUUCAUAAGACACUUUUUCGAUAUAAAUUUUAUUUAGCUUUCGAAAACGCCCAUUGUCAAGAUUAUAUCACAGAGAAAGCUUUUUUUAAUGCAUUAACACAUGGAAGUAUACCGAUUGUGCUCGGGCCGGAAAAAAAGAAUUAUCAGCAAAUUUUACCACCGAAUUCUUUCAUUCACAUCGAUGAUUUCCAAAAUGUCGCCGAACUUGCUAAUGAACUCAUACUGAUCAGCGAGAAUCUACAACGAUUCGCAUUUUAUCAUCAGUGGCGUCAGGAUUAUCGUUUAAUUACAUGGCCAUCAAACUAUUUCAUCGACGAUCUUUUCUGUAAUCUUUGCCAAAAAUUAUAUGAAGAUACAGAACCAAAAACAUAUAGUAACUUCUCCCAAUGGUUAAAUAAAUGCAAACAAUAA